UUUAUACGAGCCGCAGCAUCGGGUGUUGAAAACGAUAGUACUUUAACUGAAGUCGAAAUCACUCAGAUAUUCUUGUGUUUAUUACUUUUUAAAUUAUAUUAAAUAGUUUGCCAGAAAAUGAUGAGCGAUUCUCACUUAAACAACACUUGUUCAAUGAAUGGCAGUUUGGAAAGUGAAGACAAUGAGGAUGGUAAUGUUUUUGUAACUUUACCAACACGGCAAUGUGUAAUUUGUGGUAAAGUUGCAAAAACAAACAUUUAUGGAGCGUACACCUGCGUUUCUUGUGCGGUGUUUUUUGGCAGACACGUAAGACUAGAAAAAGAAAUAAUUACUUGCGUAACUGUGCGUGGAAACUGUUCGACAAUCAGAAGGAGAAAUAUUAUCACAUGCGACUUCUGCCGCUUCAGCAAGUGUCACGACGCCAAUCUGAGGCACGAAAUAAUCACAAGUUCUCCACGCUUUGUAUUACCGUCACCUCAAAUAGAAGACGAACGGAUCUUCCUGAACUAUUCCAGAACAUUUACUAAAUGUUUGAAAUAUAUGGAACAAUACUACUACAAGUGGUUAAAUUCUUUUCCAUCUUUUCGCCUGUUAAGUGAAGAAAGAAAGAAAGACAUAAGGUUGAAGACACACGAAAGAGGAGCUGUCAUGCAACUUGUAGAGAGAUCUCUUAACGUUUUUCAAAUGCUUAGAUUGCACAAUUGUUUUAUUUAUAUUGGUUGGCAAUCACUUGAAGAUUUUAUAAUUAUAAUAAAGGACAUACAGGAGCUAAGAGAUCACGUAAACGACAUAAUAACCCAUUCUUUUCCAAGACAUUUAACUACAGUGGAAGCGUAUAACAUUUUAAAACUCGAUCUGAUACUGCAAGAUGAUGUGUUGAUUACUGAUAAACAUUUGGAGGUAACUGACCUUCAUGAUUUCUUACAAAACAUUAUAGAAAAUUUAAUGGACUUCAUGACAGACAUGCUCGAAGAAUUCGAAACUGAAGAAAAUUUUGAACAGAUUGAAUCAUUAAGGUGAGGAAUUAUUUUCUUUUUAGGUUUUCACAAAGCUGACUUGUUAAUGCUAUAAAUCUUAUGAAUUUUUCAGCUUAUUUGACUAUUCUUCAGACAUUCCCGAAGAUAAUUAUCCUUACAAUCAAUUACGCUUUGUGCCUUGAACUAUAAGGUGUUAACAUCAACACACUUACUAAAACACCUUUUCUUG